CUCUACAGGUUUUCCUGUAUAAAGCUCUGAACUGCUGAACUCUCCAGCAGUUCUCUCAGAAUGGAGUCUGUGCUGAGAUAUCUGGACUGGAUGUCUGUGGGCUUGGCCCUGCUGGGUGGUCUUCUCUCUCUGGUUCUGCUGGAGAUUUUCAGGUUAAACUCCUCCAGGAGACGCUUCCCACCCGGACCCAAACCUCUGCCAUUUGUGGGAAACACCAUGCAGCUAUUAAAGGACCCAAUGGACCUCGUCAGACCGAUGGAGACCUAUGGUGAGAUGUCCUGUCUGUACCUGAGUGGGAGACCUAUGAUAGUGCUGAAUAAGAUGGAGAUUGUAAAGGAGGCUUUCGUUCAUAAUGGGUCUGUGUUUUCUGGAAGACCAAGAGUGCCAAUAAUAGACUGGAUCACUGAGGGUUUGGGUAUCAUAAUGGUCACUUAUGGUAAUGCUUGGAGACAGCAGCGGCGGUUUGCUCUACACACUCUGCGUGAUUUUGGUCUGGGGAAGAAAAGCGUGGAGGAGCGCGUGGCUGAGGAGGCACGAUACCUUGUUGAAGAGAUGCUAAAGCAUGAAGGGAAGGCUUUUUUUCCUAUCCAUCCUAUUAUGAACUCGGUCUCCAACAUCAUCUGCUCCAUCGUCUUUGGAGACCGCUAUGAUUAUGAAGACGAGCGCUUCGCUCAACUGCUGAAAUUCGUAACUGAGAACAUUCGGUUUGCUGGAUCAAUGAUAGGACAGGUCUUCAACUUGGUUCCCUUUAUAAAACACUUUCCGGGGCCUCACCAGGAGGUCUUGAGAAAUGCCAAUUCUCUGAAAGGCUUCAUUCGUGAGGUUGUAGAGGAACACAGGAAGACUCUGGACCCAGAAAACCUGCGGGACUUCAUUGAUGCCUACCUGGUGGAGAUGACCAAGCAAGAGGCAAUGGAAGAAUCUACAUUCCAUGAAGAGAACAUGAUGAUAUCCACCGCUGACCUUUUUCUCGCCGGGACCGACACCACAGCUACCACUCUUAGAUGGGGCAUCAUUUACAUGAUGGACCACCCUGAUGUGCAAGAGCGCUGUCACGAGGAGAUAGUUCAGGUGCUGGGUUUUGACCGCUCUCCCUGCAUGGAUGAUCGUGCACAGCUCCCCUACACUCACGCCACUGUUCACGAGAUCCUGCGCUGUUCCAACAUCGUUCCUCUUGGCGUAGGCCAUGAGACCACACAACCAACACAGCUGCAUGGAUACCACAUCCCAGCGGGAACACAGGUUGUGGCCAAUUUUACAGCCAUCAUGAGUAAUAGAAACCACUGGAAGUAUCCAGAUGUGUUUAACCCGGAGAACUUCCUAGAUGAGAAAGGACAGUUCUGUAAAAAUGAAUUCUUCCUGCCAUUUUCUAUGGGUCCGAGGGUGUGUCUGGGUGAGAGUCUGGCGAGGACAGAGCUCUUUAUCUUCUUCUCCUCUCUGAUCCAGCGGCUGAAGUUCUCAUGGCCUCCUGGAGAACCACGUCCAAACAUGAACGGCGCCUUGGGCUUGGUCCGCUCUCCCUUCCCCUAUAAUACAAUCUGCAGCAGCAGGGAGACAACCCACUGAGUUGUUUAAUUGUUUCCAGGUGGAAACUAAUUGUUUCCACCUGGUCACAUGUGUAUAUAUACCCCUCACUUAGUAUUGACACCUCAUUGUGUAUUGACUUUUUUUUCCGACCUGGACUUUUGCCUUGCCCGUUGUAUUGAUUGCCUGUUGCCAUCCGUUUUGUUUUUUACUUCGUUUUUGCCUUCUCCUCUGUACUUUGGAUUUAACUGUGUAUGACCCUGGACCGCCUGACUACCCUUGGUAUGUUGUUUGUGUAUGCUGCCAUUUUGUUGUCGACCUUGCCUGUCCCUCACUGUUCCUUGAAGCCUAAUCCCUCAAAUAAACUCUGUGUUUUGUA